AUGCCUAAUUCUAAGCAAAUACUAGGCUUAUACAAGCAGCUUUUGGAAAAAGCUUAUAAGUUUGAUAACUAUAACUUUAGAGAGUUCGCCAAGAGAAAGGUUGUUGAUUCAUUUAAGGCAAACAAAUCCUUGAAGAAUGAUGAAGCUAUUAAAUCAUUUUAUAAUGAGGGAAUAAACCAGUUAGCUAUGUUACAGAGACAAACAACCAUUUCUCAAAUGUUUACCUUUGAUAAGGUAGUCGUUGAGCCAUUAAAGAAGCAUCAUUAG